AACAAGCCCAGCCUUUAUAAACUCACUCCUCUCUGGUUCUUUGUCAUACUGAGUGAACAUGGAUCCACAAUCUGAAGGUAAUAAGGUGCGUAUUAUCCUGGUUGGGAAAACGGGCAGUGGGAAGAGUGCUACAGGAAAUACCAUCCUUGGAAAGGAGGUUUUUCACAAAGAAUCAAGCUCCAAGUCAGUGACCAGGGAGUGCACAAAGGUUACUGAAAUUGUUGGUGAUAAAGAAAUCACAGUGGUGGACACUCCUGGAUGGUGUGAUACGGAGCUAUCUGACAAAAAGUUGACAGCAGAAACAGUCAAGUGCAUUGACCUGUCCUACCCUGGACCACAUGUCUUUCUACUUGUGUUAAGGAUUGGUCGUUUCACAGAAGAAGAGAAAAAAACUGUCCAGAAAAUACAGGAGAUCUUUGGUGAAGAUUCCAUUAAAUACACAAUGAUCCUGUUCACGAGAGGAGACGAUCUGGAAGAGGACAAAUGUAUCAUUGACUAUGUAAGAGAGGCUGCAACAGAUCUUAAAGCUUUAGUUAAUGAGUGUGGGGGCAGAUAUCAUGUUUUCAACAAUAGAGAUGAAAACCGUAACCAAGUAACAACACUCCUCAAGAAGAUCCAAGAUAUGGUGAAAAGCAACAACGGACAAUGCUUUUCUAACACAACAUACCAACUAUUACAAAAAUACAAAGCAAGAGAAGCUGAGUUAAAGGAGGAAAUCCAAGCUGCUGAGAGGGAGAUACAAGCCAAAAAAGCUGCGUUCAAAAAACUGGUGGAGGAGAAUAAACACUACAAGCAGAGAGAGGCAGAGCUACAGCAACAACUACAACAACAACAACAAGAAAUACAAAAACAACAACAUGAACAAAAAGUAAAAAAAUUGAUUGAUCAGUUUUCAGUGAUAUCUGCAAAUAAGCAAAAGGACGAAGAAAGCAGAAAAGUAGCUGAACUAAAACAGCAGCUGGAAAAAGAAAUGGCUGACAAGGAAGCAAUGUUAAAACGUCUACAAGAAAAGUCGAAAUGCUGUAUUUCAUGAAAGCCUUGUUAUUCUAGAGGUUUCUUAAAGGUUUUCAGAAUUACUCAUGAUGUAUCUCAAUGG